AUGGAUUCAGCCUUAGCAGAUGGAAACUGUGACAACUCGAGCUCACCGCCCGCCAGAUCCAUUCUCAGUAGUCAAGUCUCUGUUAGCGGAGAGUUUGUACUCGGCUCGAAUAUCAGUACCUCGCCACAGACUCACACACUUGGACUAUCCCAUCAGCCUCCGGUCUCCUCACCAGAUCAUUACUCAUCAUCCACCCCCUACCUCAACACACCAACCGCCGAGUCUUCUUAUUUACCUACACCUGCCUCUCAGUCCUAUUCCCAGUUUCCAACCUUGGCUUCGACCGGCGUUGACUCAAACUGGAACCAUUCAGACCAACUGCAGGAGGGGUCUCUCUCUCACCCACAACAGAGCCAUCAACACUUAACACCAAGCUCCCGCCCAUCAAGAUCAACCAGCAUGAGUACUGUUGCUCUUCAGUUUGACCCUGCCUUCACCAUGGGGCCAAGAUCAGCCUUUACAUGGCCAGGCCCUAUCGAGUCGAGCACCUCUGGAAGCAGCUUGCUUAGUCCUGGACUAUCUUCAAUGGGACAUGUCUCCCCUCAGUCAAGAUCAGUUACAUCGAGCCCUCCACGAUUCUCUCUUUCGACGGAUCAGCGAGAAGUCAAGCGACAAACGGAUAGGGCACGUCGAGACUCGAGGCUUGUCAACAGAAUGCGCCGUGCCAACAGCAAUCCCUAUGUCGAUUCCUCCCCAUCGGCGAUGGGACUUCCCAGCACAACAAGUUCCAUGAGCAUCCCAGCCUACACUACCGCUCCCGCACCCGUAACACUCAUGAGCGACACCCCGACUUCAAUGAGCAAUUCGACAUACCUACAAUCUUACAGCCCUUCUCUCGAAGACCAGCAACCACCUUCGGCAUACCCUACCACUUACCCACAAAGCUUACAACCCAGCUACAAUAUGCCUGUGGAUUAUGCACCUGUUUAUGCUGGAUCAAAUCAGUAUGGUGCUCGAUCGCCACCAGUACCUGUUGGUCAGGAUGUCGGUUUUAUGUACCAGGUGCCAACUGUUAUGGGUCCCGGAAGCGCAAAUUCGCAAGAUGCGGGACAUGUGAGAGUGGUGCAAAGCCGACCAAAGCCACGAUGCUGGGAACAUGGGUGUAACGGACGACAAUUUUCGACAUUCAGCAACCUACUACGACACCAACGCGAGAAAUCAGGACAAGCCGCCAAAGCAUCGUGCCCUAACUGCGGAGCGGAGUUUACGAGAACUACUGCACGAAAUGGACAUCUCCUCCAUGACAAGUGCAAAGGCCGACGAAACUCGUGA